UAUUUGAUUUGUGUCUCUGUUUGGCAGUAUCAAGACGACAUCACCGAGCUGAAUGAGAUAGCCAAACACAGACCACGUUCUACGCUUGUCUUGGGCAUUGCACAAGAGAACCGCCAGAUUCGCGAACUGCAACAGGAGAACCGAGAACUUCAAGCCACGCUAGAGGAGCAUCAGUCGGCUUUGGAGCUGAUCAUGCAGAAAUACAGAGAGCACACUGUCAAACUCCUUCACGGCAAUCGUUUAGAGAGAGCUCUUCAUGACAAAGAGUCAGCAGACAAGGAUUCCAUGUGCCAUUUGAUGGACAAAAUAGAUGAAAUGGCCGGUGUCAUGCAGAAAGCAAUAGAGGCAAGUAAUUUCUGGAUUUUUGUUCUCAUUAAAUUAUAGUAGUCUCCAC